AUGAAGCCAGAAGAGGCUGCUAUUCAAAUUGAGAGAACCGUAAAGGCAGCUACUCCUAAGGUCAAGGCUGAUGACAUGACUAGUGUCCUUACUGCACUCUACACCAUCCCACUUGCAGCAAUCACUACUUUCAGGUUGCACAGUUCAAUUCAACAGUCAAUAUCUAGGCUUGUGAAUCUUGAAUCUCUGUUUCUCAAUGAUAACCAUUUGAGUGGCAGGGUGGAGUUUGAGUUGUUUCUGAGACUCGGAAAGCUAGCUGAAUUGCAAUUAUCUAGAAACGAUAUUUCAUUGCUUACAAAUCCGAGUACCAACUCAUCUUUUCCAAAAUUUAGAAAAUUAUUACUAGCUGAUUGUGACUUGCAUGAGUUCCCAGAAUUUUUGAGGAACCUAGAUCAGUUGGAGCAGUUAGAUCUAAGUGGAAACAAAAUUCACUGCCAAGUUCCAAAAUGGAUGGGGAACGUAAGUAUAGAAACUCUCCGGGCUUUAGCUCUGGGACACAACUUUCUCACUGGUUUCGACCAACUUCCGAUCCCCUACGUUAAUCUAAAGGCAUUGCUGCUUGAUUCUAACAUGUUUCAAGGGUCAGUGCCAAUCUCACCUCCUUCCAUUGAUUUAUAUACGGUCUCAAACAACAGACUGACUGGAGAAAUUCCACAUUUGAUUUGCAAUCUAAGUUUAAUAACUAAGCUCAAUUUUUCAAGCAACAACUUGGGUGGCAAUCUUCCUCAAUGUUUAGGCAACUUGAAUGCUUCUCUCACAAAAUUGGACCUACACGACAAUAGCUUUCAUGGAACUAUUCCUCGGAUCUGUGGUGAAGCAAACGAAUUGAUAAUGAUUGAUUUGAGUGAAAAUCAUUUACAGGGACGUGUAUCAAGAUCAUUGGCCAAUUGUACCAAGCUUAAAGCUGUUAAUCUUGGUAACAAUCAGAUCCAUGAUAUUUUUUCUUCCUGGUUGGGCAUUCUUCCAGAGUUAAGGAUUCUCAUUUUACAAUCUAAUAAACUCUAUGGUACAAUAGGAAGUUCUGAUAACAAUUUCGAUUUCCUGAAAUUGCACAUCUUUGACCUCUCAAAUAAUGAUCUUACCGACAAGUUGCUCUUUGAACACUUCAAAAAUUGGAAAGCCAUGCAAAUCGUCGAUAUUGCUGAGAGCUUAAAGUAUAUAGGGCAAAACCAAAUAAUGAUGUCUGCAACAUAUGUGGUGCAGACUGCCUCCUUUUACUCAAUGACAAUGAUCAACAAAGGCACGGAGAUGGAAUAUGAAAAAGUCCCUGAUUUCUUGAUAGUUAUUGACCUCUCGAGCAACAAAUUUGAAGGAGAAAUCCCAGAUGUGGUGGGGAAUCUAAAAGGACUUUAUUCGCUCAACCUUUCCUCAAACUUUCUCACAGGACCUAUCCCAUUUACAUUGGCAAACUUAACAAGGCUAGAAACAUUGGAUCUGUCUCAAAACAAGUUGUCUGGUGCGAUCCCUUUGCAACUAACGGAACUCACUUUCCUUUCACAAUUUAAUUUCUCCCAUAAUCACUUGACAGGACCUAUACCACAUGGGAAACAAUUUGACACAUUCGACAACAGUUCGUUUAGUGAGAACCCUGAAUUAUGCGAAAGCCCUUUGUCAAAGAAAUGUGGGAAUCCUGUGGACUCUCUGCCUCCAUCUUCAGGCCACAACUCAACAAACCACAACUUAGAGUUCUCAUUUGAAUUUGGUUGGAAAGUACUCGUGAUGGGAUAUGGAUGUGGAUUCAUGUUUGGAGUUGUGUCUGGGCAAAUCGUUAUCACAAAGAAGUAUGAUUGGUUUACGAAGAUGUUUGCUAUUGGGCAGCCAAACCGAAGAAGGGUGAAUUGGAGGGGCUGCAGAAAUUAA